UACGAUCUGGACUGAUGUGUUUAUGAGACGGGGGUCAGUGUAUCUCAACAGCUUCCAGACAACAAACAUCUGGCAGGAAUUAUCCAUCUGUAUCAUGCCGGAACCCAUCACCCCGCAGACCGCAUCAUCGUCGACAUCGACACAACCGACCGCAUCCAGCUCGAAACAACCGGGCGAGAAGCAGAAACAAACACAACAAGCUCCUUCCACCUCGCAAACACCAGCAGCAACGUCAACAGCAGCUCAGGGAAAGAACAAGGAAGGCAAAGAGGCGGCGGGAGGAAAGUCGGCCAAGGAGGAGAAGAAGGCGAAACGAGCUGCAGCGGUCGCCGCUCGAGGAGGGGCUGGUGGACCGCCUGCAGCUGGACCGGGGGCACCAUCUGGAGGAGCGGUCGGGAAGGAUGGCAAGGGCAAAGAGUCUAGCAAGGCAGAUCGAACUGGUCAGGAUGGUACCUCGACAGCAGCAGGAAUUGCUAGAGGAGAUCCGGCUGCAGGCGUGGUAGCUGGGACGACGGUGGCUACGGGAGCGACCUCGAUCGCGGCCGUCUCGACCCUCUUGUUCUCCCAUCUUCCCUCUUCCCGUCCGCCCAGCGCGAUCCCAUCAACCUCGUCUCACAAACACCUCCACCCGCUCGUCUACCGUCUGGGACUCCUCCUCUCCACUCCUUCCACCUGGACAACCUCUGCUCCGGCUUUCCAACCCCAAAGCCCUCCUCUACGGGGCACCAAUGCCCGGACCACGGCGCUCCUCUUGACUUUCCGUCAAGUUAUUCUCGACCAUUCGUGGCCACCAAGAGAGAUGCACAGGGUCUUGCCCGCUCAUCUGAGUCCGAUGAUCGGGUUCUUAGAUGGAUGUAGGCCAAAGGGGGUCGCUGGUGGGAACGUGAUCAGGUGGUUAAAGGCAGAAAUCAAUAGGGUCGGAACGGACGAGUCGAUAAGGGAUGAGAGCGAGCAAAAACGACUGAUCGUCGAAGCCAUCGACAAUUACCUAAAAGAACGGAUCGAACUCGCUGGCGAGGUCAUCUGCUCGUUUGCAACGGAAAAGAUUAGGGACGGGGAUACGAUCGUCACGUAUGCUAGGUCGUCACUGGUCGAGCAGGUUCUCUUGGAGGCCUGGAAGCAGAUGAAGGAGGAAGACGAGGAGGCAAGCUUCCACGUCGUUGUUGUCGAUUCGGGGCCGCUGCUGGAAGGCAAAGCACUGCUACGAACCCUGACGACCCACUCGAUCCCCUGCAGCUAUACUCUCCUCUCUUCGCUCGCCAGCAUCAUCCCUCGUGCCUCGCUCGUUCUUCUAGGUACGGCCGCCUUGUUCUCCGACGGAAGCCUGUACUCUCGAGCGGGUACAGCAGCAGUGGCCAUGUUGGCCAAGGAGAACAGGAUUCCGGUUGUCGCGGCGUGCGAGACAUACAAGUUCGGGGAGAGGGUUCUGCUGGACGCCGUGACGGGUAACGAGCUAGGCGACGCUUCGUCCCUAUUGGCACAGGAAGAAGGCGACAUCCCAACACAUCUCACCCCGAUUCACCUCUUGUAUGACCUCACACCAGCAGCGCUUAUCACGGCGAUCUGUUCGGAGGUCGGUUUCAUUCCACCGUCAUCGGUCCCUACAGUCAUCUCGAAGCCGGGCGAAGCCGCUGGGUUCUGAUAAGCCGUCAAGAGGGAGCAGAGAGAUGGGCCAGGAGAUAGGACGAUCUUCAUCACGCCGGCAGCAUUGUAUGGCAACACUGUCUGACGAGGCACGAGGCAUUACAUAUAUAUCAUCAUGCUUUCAGGGGCUCUCUUCAUUCGCGGCUGGUGCAGAUUCCCCUCGAGCAGUAUCAGACACGUAACUGCGGUCUAUCAUGCUCUGUCAUCGUCAUGAGAUUACCCAAUCACGCACAAAUAUCGCCGUCGAGUCAGAGGCUUCCAUUGAUUCGGAGCCGAUCGGCCAACGCCGAACUUGACACUUGCGACCCCCCCCUCCCCCCCCCCCCUUCCCAUAAGGUUGAAACCACGCAAC